CUGCCCCCCAGGCCACAAGUGCACCUUUCUAGGGAUAGUUCAGGUGCAAAGACCGUCCUGUGAGGAGGAAGAAGAGGACACCACAGAAAUCAGUGCUGCACCCAUUAGCAGAUCAAGGCCCCAGGAACCAGGAUCCAGGGGGUCUUCAGGGCUUCUCUGCUCAGGGACCAGAACCCAGGAGAGGACAGGAAAGCAGCUGUGGCCAAGGGGCUUAAGGACUUCAGUGCCAGUAGCCUACCCUAACAAGGGCAAAGAACAUGGACCAUAGUGAAGAGGUUAUCGGAGACCCAGCUGGCACUGUGGUGCCUCAGGAGCUGCUGGAAGAAAUGGUUUGGUUUUUUCGUGUAGAAGAUGGGUCUCCUUGGAAUUAUUCCAUCCUUGCCCUGGCGGCUGUGGUGGUGGUCAUAAGCCUCACCCUCCUGGGAAGGAGCAUUCAGGCAAACAGAAAUCGAAAGAUGCAGCCACAAGAAAAGGACACAUCAGAGGUCCUGCAUUUGGAUGAGUCCAGAACCAAAGAAAACAACAGCCUCAAUAACCUAACAGAGGGGCUGCUCUCAGGAAAUCCAAACUCGGCCCAGGUGGGAACUGAGCUAAAAGAGAAGGAUGCCUCAAUGGUCCUGCUUCCAGAUCCACCAGAAACUGAGGGCCAGUAAGUGCUCAGAGUAUGUGCCAUCCCCAGCCAGGCAUGGGCUCCUGACCUGAGCUCAGCUCAGUGGCCUGGAACUUCUCUGGUUUUAGUAUCCCCUAGGAAGUCUAAUGUUUUUAUUAGCAGAUACAAUGACUGAACUGCAAUCAAACUAAAAUUUGUUAUUUAAAUAAUAUUUUAUUAAAAGCUUCUGGGA